AUGAAAUUUUCCAAUCUGCAGAUCAACACUUGCAAUGGGAUGAUGUGUGGAAAAACAUUUGCAGGGCCAAACUCGCCAAAUAAGCCAUCAAUGUGGACAGAGAAUUGGACAACUUACUAUCAAGUGUAUGGUCAGAACACAACCCUGAGAUCAGCUGAGGACAUUGCAUUUCAUACUGCUCUCUUCAUAGCAAAUAAGAGUGGGAGCUUCAUAAAUUACUAUAUGUAUCAUGGAGGAACCAAUUUUGGAAGGACAGCAUCAGCAUAUGUAAUAACAAGCUAUUAUGAUCAAGCUCCUCUUGAUGAGUAUGCAGUUAAGCUAUGCUCCAGGACUUUACUUUUUGGAGUACCAGCUAAUUUAUCCUUGGGUCCACUACAAGAAGCCUACAUUUUCCAUGGAGAAUCAGAAGAAUGUGCAGCCUUUCUUGUGAACGCCAACGGUAGACAAAAUGUUGUGGUGCAAUUCCAAAAUUCUUCAUAUGAAUUGCCUCCAAAAUCAAUUAGCAUCUUACCUGACUGCAAGACUGUAGCCUUCAACACUGCUAAGGCAAGUUUUCAAUCUGUGAGCACACAAUUCAAUACAAGGUCCAUGCUACCAGCCAUGCAGUUUGAUUCAGCAGAAAGCUGGGGAGCAUUCAAAGAAGCUGUUCCUAAAUUUGAAGACACCACUGUGAGGUCGGAUACAUUGUUAGAGCAAAUGAACACUACAAAAGAUGCAUCUGAUUAUCUUUGGUACACUUUCAGGGUUCAGCAUAAUUCCUCAGAAGCUCAGUCUGUGCUCAGUGUGAACUCUCUUGGACAUGUUCUACAUGCAUUUGUUAAUGAAGCACUAGUAGGAUCUUCACAUGGAACUCACCAAAAUUCAAAUUUUACUUUGAAGAGCACUGUUUCUUUAAUUAAUGGGAUGAACAACAUCUCAUUACUGAGCGCAAUGGUUGGACUGCCGGGGCUUUUGAAAGCAGAUAGCAGUGCAGGUGAAACUAAUGCUGCUGCUCCUGAAGACCGUAGAAUAACUGCAAGAGAUUCUGGGCCAUUUCUUGAGCAUAAGGCUGCUGGACCACAUCAAGUGAGUAUUCAAGACACACAAGGAAGUACAGACUUCACAAAUUAUUCAUGGGGAUAUCAGGUUGGAUUGCUAGGGGAGAUGCUACAAGUUUACACGAAUGAAGGAUCGAGUAAAGUUCAGUGGAGCAAGUUCAACUCGUCUUCUCAACCUGUCACAUGGUAUAAGACUGUCUUCAAUGCUCCCAACGGUAAUGACCCAGUUGCAUUGGACCUUGGUUCCAUGGGAAAAGGUGAAGUUUGGGUCAAUGGCCAAAGUAUUGGCCGAUACUGGGUGUCAUUUCAUACGUCUGCAGGCUCUCCUUCGCAGACAUGGUAUAACGUACCUCGAUCCUUCCUCAAACCUACAGGCAACCUAUUAGUUUUGUUUGAUGAAGAGUAUGGCAACCCUCUUGGCAUAUCAAUAGACACUAUUUCAAUCACAAAAGUGUGUGGGCAUGUUUCUGAUUCUAAUCCACCUCCAGUAAUUUCGUGGAAGGGGCAAAAGCCAAGUGAAAUGAGGCAUGAAGAACACCACGGCAGAAGACCUAAAAUUCAACUUCAUUGUCCUCCAAGAAGGAACAUUUCUAAGAUUUUAUUUGCAAGCUUUGGAAACCCCUCGGGUGACUGUAAAAAUUAUGCUGUAGGGAGCUGUCAUUCAGCUAAUUCUAGAGCUAUCGUGGAGCAGGUAAGAUCUUCAAUUUUCUGCCCCAUGAUUAUUCCAUCUCCAUCAACCAUUCGGUUAUCAAGAGAAUGGAAGACAUGAGAAAAUAACUAGAACUCAGAAAACUAUUCUUAUUAUUACAUUUUGAGGUCUAUUCAAAGAAGGUACAGGAAAAAAAGAAGGAAACUAUGCAGUGAUAAAACUAAUUGCUGGAAUUGUCGGUCAAAAAUCCAAAAUUUCAGAGCAACCAAAGAAAACAUUGAUGCUGAAGGAUUGGUUUGGGUAUUUAACAGGGUAUCUCUUACACAUAUAUAACCAACUCGAAAAGAAAUCAAUCUAUUACACAACAGUGUUCUUUCCUCAAAACAAAUUGCCCUAGUAGAGUGUGGACCUUUUUAUUCAUUGGUACUCUGGAAAGUAUUUUUAAUAUAUAAAAUACCCACAAAAUUUAAUCAAACCAGGUGGUUCAAAAUCAGUUUAUACUACUGAUUUUUUUCGCUCUAAUAAGCAUAUAAUAUUAGCCCCCAAAUGGUGGAACGUACACAUCAUAGAUAUGGCACAUUUUUUUCUCAAUCAGUUUUAUAUGCACAUUGAUAUAGCUCAGUGAUACAGGUUUAUUGUGUUGUUGUUGUUGUGGUAACAUCUAUAAGAUUAAAGUAACACAUUCUUAUUGUUUUGUAAUUUGACAAACAUAUUCUUAACAAAUUAUGCUAUGCCAGGCUUGUCUAGGGAAGAGGAAAUGCUCCAUUCCUAAUUCACAUCAAAAUUUUGGCGGUGACCCAUGCCCAGGACUUGCUAAAGCUCUAUUGGUCGAUGCACAAUGUGAAUGACAAUGAACGAUUCUAUACCAUUUUCCUGAAGAGGGUUUUGGUGGAUGAUUCAACCUACUGUUGGAAAGGCUAGCAGCAUUAGUUUAGGAAAAAAAAUACAUACUUAAUUCAUACGAAAUAGAUGAGAGUUGUUAUCACCAUCGAUCCUUCAUUAUGUGUAGAUGGUAUGAAAGUCUAUAACUCGCAAGUGGUGAUUUUGGUUAAUAACAGAUGAUAAUAUUUUGAUUGAUAAAUGAUCUUCGUUAGAAAAGAUUGCUUGUAACUAGUCGUGCAUUUUUCAGUAGGAUUUUUUCCUUUUUGUCAUGCACUCUUGUUUUGUAUUGAUUUAUCUUCAACAACCAGAAUAACAAGCAACAAGUCAAUCCCAGCAUGCCUUCCACCAAAGCCAUAAGUCAAACCUCAGCAUGCCUACUGCCAAACAAGGUGGGUUACAGUCACAGUGCAUUGUUUUGAUCACCUAAGAAAUGAAAACAUUUCGACGUGUUUCGCAAACGUUUU